CUCGUCGUGAAGCGGGCAAAGUCGGGGCAGUCGGGCGGCUUGUCACGGGCGGAGCUCGAGGUGAAGCUUCUCAAGGCGGUGAGUCACCCGCACCUGCUGCCGCUGCUCGGCUACUGCCUCUCGCCCGACGGCGUCUGCCUCCUCUCGCCACUGAUGCGCGGCGGCUCGCUCGAGGCGCGGCUGCAGCCGCCGAGGCCGCUGACGUGGCGGCAGCGCGUUCGCAUUGCUUGCGAGGCGACCGAGGCGCUCGUCUACCUCCACUCGAAGGGCAUCGUGCACCGCGACGUCAAGCCGGACAACAUCCUGCUCGACGAGAAGCUGACCGCCGUCCUCGCCGACACGGGCUUCGCCAAGGACCAGCGUCCCGACGCGUCUGUCCGCUGCCGCUCGACUGCCCUCUACAUGUCCACUGGCUACCUCUGCCCCUCCAUCUCCAAGGGGGGCGAGUACUCACCAAAGACGGACGGCUACGCCAUCGGGAUCACCCUCCUCGUCUGUCUCACCAACCGG